AUGGGCAGCGAUACUUCCCAAAAAUACCGGAUUGUCGUCGGCAGUGACCAGGAGGCCGGUAUCAAGUACAAGGAUGCAAUCAAGGCAGACUUCCAAAACGAUUCCCGUGUUGAGUUUGUAGAAGACGUGGGAAGCCAUGAGGGCACCGACAAGACGGCAUACCCCCAUAGAGCGGCGGCAGCAGCUCAACUAGUCGCUGAUGGCAAAGCCGACCGUGCCCUUUUGAUCUGUGGCACUGGACUCGGCAUGGCCAUUUCUGCCAACAAGGUCAAGGGCAUUCGAGCCGUCACAGCGCAUGAUAGCUUCAGCGUGGAAAGAGCCAUCCUGAGCAAUGAUGCGCAGGUAUUGUGCAUGGGUGAGAGGGUGAUUGGUUUGGAACUUGCGAGACGACUUGCCAAAGACUGGCUUAGCUACGAGUUUGACCCUAAGAGCAACAGUGCGGAAAAGGUUAGGGUGAUCAACAGUCUAGAAGCUUAG